AUGGACUGUAAGGUAUAUGUGGGAGGUCUUCCGAACGAUGCUACAUCGCAAGAGAUAGAAGACGCCUUUUAUCGUUUCGGACGUAUCCGCAAAGUUUGGGUCGCUCGCCGUCCGCCCGGUUUCGCAUUCGUAGAAUUCGAGGACAGCCGCGAUGCAGAAGAUGCUGUGAAGGCUCUAGACGGAUCGAGAAUCUGUGGUGUGCGUGCGCGCGUGGAGCUUUCCCAUGGUCGCGGUCGCGGUGGCGGAGGAGGCGGUGGCUACGGCGGUCGUCGAAGCAGUUACGAAUACAGAUCCCGUUCUCCCCGCCGUGAUCGCGCGCGCUCUCGUAGCCGUGAUCGCAGAAGUCGCUCGCGCUCCAGGAGCCCUAACUAUCGCAGCCGUUCGCCUCCAGAUGAGGAUCGCCGUUCGCGCAGCAGAUCUCGCUCGCCUUCCCCGCAGGGAGAGCUACAGCUCCACGAAUGCACUAUGAAUCGUGAGGACAUCGAUAAAAUCGCUGCAUCGACUUGUAUUAUAUUUCUUUCUGGUCUGGUAUUGUUCCAGUCAUGCCAUCGCGCAUCAACGAUUUACUUCUUUGAGCUACAAACGACAACAGUCAUUUUUGUUGAACCAAUACCGGCUCUUCUCUUACCCUUCGGUCUUUCAAUCCUGUUAUGGCUAGUUUACAAAGGAACUAAAAGGAGCGCAAGUUUGGAAGUAGAACGAAAAGCAAUUAUGGAUAAACAAAAAGAAAUUGAGGCGGCUUCAUCUCCAGCAUCACGGAAAACAUCAAGGCAAGAAAGUCGAAGAGUUUCAUUGACCGAUGAGCAGACGUUCCGUCUCAAGCGUUUACUGUCGGACAUUCAAGAGAUGGACACAAUCCACAGUCAGUUUGGAGCCCAGCCAGACAGCCGAGACUCACCAGCAGGUGGCCGGCUGAGUCGCGACUCAGCGUCUAGUACAGGAAGGCAGACACCUUCAGAUGGGAAUGAGGAUGCACAAAAAACCGCCGAAUCACAGCCGGAGAGGAAAGCGGCAGGAAUAUCACCGCGAAACAGCACUGAAGAUUCAUCAGACAGCCCGCAUCGUGUGCAAACAGCUCCAGCUUCAUUCAAACCGAUUCUCAGGUCCAGAGGAUCUUCGGAGUCCGAGCGAGGAUUGCUGCCCAGGAAGAUCAGCGGGCCUGCAACAUUUUCCGGUGGCGUGCAAGCAAUACCAGAUGACUCUUACGGCUUGAGUCGAAGAUCCUCAGUAAGCAUGAGUAGACGCAGUUUUGCUGGAGCUGAUGAGCUGCCAGAUGACGACGACAGUGAGAGGGAGAGAAAUGAAAUCUAUACACAGAUUGGACAGACAAAUUUCUUCACCUACUCGUUGAGUGCGCUUAAUCUGCUUCCGAAGAAUAGACCCGGAUUCCCAGAGCUGAAGUUGAAUUUUUCUGAUAUCAUGUCAGAAUUGUUUUCCGUGCAUCUCCCUGUUUGGGGAUGUGUUGCAUCUUUCUAUAUCGUGCUUCUGGAGCUAUUUGGUGUGCACUUUGCGUACUACUUUUAUUAUCAUGAAGAAACGAUGAUCUACGCGGCCCUUGCGUUUUCUAUCAUUUUCGGAUUAUUCCACGAAUUUUGUGGAGGAUGGUUUACAAACGAUAUCCUUGCGUUUUCAUCGAUAUACAUAGCAUGCUCAAGAAUACAGGCUGUGAGCUAUCAGACGGGUGUAAUACUACUUGUUGGAAUGGCGUUGUUUGACCUGUUCUGGCUGUAUGUUAUAGAUCUAUUGAGCACUGUCACGCAGGAAUCGCGGGCACCGCUAAUGAUUAUGAUCCCAAGAGAUCAUAAAGGAAAUAAGCAGAGCCUUGCGAUUGUUGACAUUAUCAUACCAGGAAUAUUUCUUAAUGUGGUUCAAAAGUACAGUUCUAUGUUUGAUCCGGGGCUAUUCACUGUGACUUAUGCUGCAGUUUUCGGUGCACUCACGUUGACGAUGAUUUUUGCAGUGUGGAGGCAUAAAAUCACCCCAGCACUUGUGUUGCCAGCAAUUGUGGCCAUAGUAGUAUCCAUGGGAUUGAGCACACAUCGACAUGACCUUUGGCGAUUUAUGAUCAAAUACAAGCGACUGAUGCCUACAAAAACUGCUUAG